AUGUUGAAUGGUCAGUAUCACCAGCUGGGAGAGGAGGUGAUCCUGACAGACACCUGCAGUAGGAAAUGCAGCUGCCGGCAGCCUGCCCAGCCCAUGCAGUGCCAGGAUCAUGCCUGUGGGGCUCUGGAGACCUGCAGCUUUGUGGAUGGCAUCCGAGGCUGUUACCCUGUGAAAUAUGGCACCUGCUGGGUGUUUGGUCAUCCGCACUACACCACGUUCGAUGGAGUCAUGUUUGAUUAUCAAGGAGCCUGCAAAUACACCCUGAGCAAAUACUGUGGCCCCCCCGGGAAACUCCCCGACUUCACCAUCAAAGUAGAGAAUGUGCACAGGGGCUCCAUUGUAGUGUCCUGGACGCACCUGGUAGAGCUCAAUGUCUACGGUGAGCGUAUUGCCAUAGCAGCAGGACAGUAUGGCCAGGUGCAGGUGAAUGGAUCUCUGGUCAAUCUUCCCCUGGUCCUUGCAUCAGGUAAACUCUAUGCCUAUUUCAGCGGCUCAUCUGCUGUGGUUCAGACGGAUUUUGGCCUUUCUGUAUCCUAUGACUGGUCCUACUAUGUGUUGGUUUCUGUUUCUGAGGCCUAUUCUGGGUUCCUCUGUGGACUUGGUGGAGACUUCAAUGGGAACCGGAGCGAUGAUUUUCGAACCCCAAACGGUUCUGUGGUCCAUGAUGCCAUCACCUUUGGCAAUAGCUGGAAGGAUGCCAAUUCCCCUUUUCACUGCACGGCCGUAGGGCUCCCAGCCCAAUGUAACAAAGUAGAACUUGCCCAGUACAAAUCUCAGCAUUACUGCGGGGUCAUCACGGAUCCUACUGGGCCUUUCAAAGAGUGUAGCCAGCCAGCUGACGCUCAGGUUCACUUUGAGAGCUGCGUGCAGGAUGUGUGCACAACUCGGGGCAGCAACAAGACCCUGUGUGAAGUGCUUCGCAGUUAUGCCCAGCAGUGCCAAAGUCGUGGCAUUGCCAUUGAGCCGUGGAGACAGCGGGCUGGGUGUGAGCUAAUCUGCCCCAUCAACAGCCACUAUGAGCUCUGUGGACCUUCCUGCCCGGCCUCUUGUGCCCACCCAGCUGUGCCCUCCCGCUGCCGGACUGCGUGUGAAGAAGGGUGCCAGUGUGACCCUGGCUUUGUGCUGAGUGGCACUGACUGUGUGCCUCAGGGGCAGUGCGGCUGCACCCACAAUGGCAGAUACCACCUGGCAGGGGAAAGCUUCUGGGAAGGAGAAAAUUGCCAGAGAUUGUGCAGAUGUGACGGCUCCUCCCACUCUGUCCAGUGCUCCCGCUCUGCCUGUGCCCCUGGGGAAUUCUGUGGCACUCGAAAGGGGAUUUAUGGGUGUCACAAGCGAACCAACGGCAUCUGCUGGGCUUCUGGGCUGCCCCAUUACACGACGUUUGAUGGGAAGCGAUACAAUUCCCAGGGCACCUGCAAAUAUGUCUUUGCUGAACUGUGUGGGGCAUCACAGUCCUUACCCUUCUUCAGAGUGGAAGUGAAGAACGGAAACCUGCCCCAUGUUCCUGUGGCUGUGACCUCAGAGGUGUUUGUCCUUGUGAAAAGGACGGAGAUCCAUCUGCAGAGAGGGCACCAUGGGACAGUCAAGAUUGAUGGGGUGACUCUGACUCUCCCGGUGCAUCUCCAGAGAAGAGGAAUCGUCGUUUAUCAGGACGGGUUUCAUACUGUUGUGCAGGCCGACUCUGGUCUGAGUGUGAGCUACGACCUGGCCCACAGCCUCUUUCUCAGCCUCCCUCCUGAGUACCGAGGCCAGACCUGUGGGCUGUGUGUGAACCUCAAUGGAGCGGCUGAAGAUGAUUUUGUGAUGCAGAACGUCUCCCAUGGGAAGGAGGCCUUCCACUUGGCUUUGGCUGGGAAGUCGGAGGAUGUCCCUGGCUGUGACGACGGCUGCCCUGAUUCCUGCCCUUUGUGUGAAGAUGAGGAAAGUUUGGUGCAGUCCAAGUCCCGGUGCUGGGUGAUCCAGGACCCUGAUGGGCCGUUCUCCUCUUGCCAUUCCCAGAUUGACCCAGGCCACUAUCUGUCUGAUUGUAUCUUUGACCUGUGUGUGUCAAGAGGGGAGAGCAGUGCCCUGUGCGAGUCCAUUCAGACAUACGCAGCCGCCUGCCAGAGAGCGAAUGUCUCCAUCUCACCUUGGAGGAACGAGACUUUCUGUGCUCCCUGUGUUCUGAAGGGUGUUUCUGUAAUGACGGGUACCUGCGGAGUGGGGAUCAGUGUGUCCUGCCAGGGCAUUGUGGCUGUGAGCAUGAUGGACGCUAUUAUGGGCUGUAACCCCGGCCAGCAGUGUGCAGUGAAGGACGGGAGGCUGGGCUGCCAGAGCCAGCUGAGCACCUGCACGGUGACAGGGGACCCUCACUACUUCACCUUCGAUGGGGCUGUGGCCCAUUUCCAGGGCACGUGCGCCUACGAGAUCUCACACACCUGCAACUCCUCCCUCGACGUCUCCUUCCGGGUGGUGGCUGCAAACAGAAAUUUCCGGAAUCCCCGGGUCUCCUUCAUUUACCGAGUGGAACUUUGGCUCCGAACUGGCCAUUUUCAUUCCCAUGUCGUUCUGGAGCGAGGCAAAGACGUUCUGGUGAGUUGA